ACCGCGAGCACGAAGAAAACCUUUGACCGUGUCAUUAUUGUAAAUAUCUAAAACCACUCUCCCCUCUCUCCAAUAAAUUUACCCCAAGUUCUACCCAUAAACGCCAUCUGAAAAAAAAAGGAACUCCGCCAUGACGCCACCUUCUCACGACUCCUCCCGCGGUGGCUCUCUGCCCCCACCGUCAAAACCCGAGGACAAGUUCCUAUCUUUGAUCCUGAAAUCCAUAAUCAUGACGAUUCUCAUCUCCUUCUUCUUCCUCCUCCUCCCUCUAGCGUCUUGCCUUCUCCUCCUUCCUCUUCUUCUCCGUCAGCAGCACCAACGCCAUCGCCGCCACUCUCGUCCCUCAUCUGGGUUUUCGGCGAAACAGCUCAAAAGGCUUCCGCAAUUCAAAUUCUCCGAGGGAACAAGAACUACCCAUUUGGAAUCUGACUCUUGUGUUAUAUGCUUGGAUGCGUUCAAAGAAGGGCAGUGGUGUAGGAACCUUGUUAUGUGUGGCCACUUGUUUCAUAGGAAGUGUUUGGAUGCUUGGUUAACAAAAGUUGCUGCUUGUCCAAUUUGUAGAACUAGGGUUUGCUCGGAUCACGAGGAUAAAAACAUUUGGGUUUUUGAUAGCAGGACAACAGAUUUUCAGGGUUUGUUAGAUUUGUAAAUUUUUUCUUGGUUGGUUUUUUUUAAAAGAUUUUUGUAGUUUAUGGAAAAUUUGGAUUUAUCAUAAUGUACAGUUUCGUUUCUCAAUAAUCAUUGUUAAAAUCACUGCAAUUUUGCUGACGCUUUUAUCGUUUUGUUAAUUGUUCUGCACCCAUGAAAAUAUAAAAUUUCAAUUAUGCAA